AUGGCGAGUAAAAUGUUACGACCUAGUCAAGUUCAAGAAGCCAUAAAUACCAGUUCGGACAUGGCCGAGUCCACUAAAAUGUUAGUCUUUAACGCAACCGAAACAGGUAAAGAACUAGUUGAAAAUAUAGAAUACGAUAGUCGAACGCGAAAAUUUGCUUCAGAAUCUUUCGAUACUUCGACUUCUCAGGAUACACUAGAUACUAUAAAAACAAUUGACGAAAUUAUAAUUAGGAUAAAAAAUAAGCAGCUACAAAUUGAAGAUGCCUGGAUAGAAAUGGAGAAGGUGUAUAUCGAUACCAAAGAUUUAGGUUACUUGGAAGAAGGAAUAGUCAAAGUUAUUAACUGGAUCCUAGGUCCAGCAGAAAAUCUUCUUAACUCUCACCAAAAAGUAGGCUAUGAUGUUCUCUCAGCCGAAGACCUCAGACGAGAACACGAAGGUAUAGAAUUGGGGUGCUGGGAGACGUACGGAACUUACGCAGAACUUAUUAAUAAGAUCAAUAGUUUUGCUGACAACGAAUUUUUAUCUUUACAACACAAAGACUUGAUAUCUCAAAAAGACUUUAUGGACUUCGUUUGUAAAAGCUUUGCGAUGAGGCUAGAGAGAAGGAGAAAUAUUCUGAUUACUUCUUUAAGAUUCUAUAGGCUGGUGUCGGAGUACUUUGAUAGAACUGCUGAAGUUUUUGACACGCUUGUAAUGGGCACCAAAAUCACAGAAUUUGAUAUAGCUGACCAUGUAGAAACAGAACUUCGAAAAGAAGGAGAGAAACUCUCAGAUAUGCUCUCGAUGUCCGUUAAAGACUGUCUUGGUCGAGAAAUUCCAGUUGAUUACUCCGAAGACAUCGUCAACAUCAGAGAUGUCCUAGAUGCCACUACAGCUAGAAAGAACAUAUUUUCAGAUAGCGUAGAACUGCAGAAGCUAACACUUAAGCAAGUAACCCAUAUCGAUAGUUACGAAAAAGACACCGUGCAAGCUGUUCGAUGGUUGGAUGAGUUACUUAGGGUUAUGCUGAGGGAUCAUGGCCAUGUUGGAUGUACAGUUUAUGAAAUACAAAGACAGAAAGAUGAACAUGUUACGUUUCAAGAAACUGCAAAGGGAACGUAUAAUUAUGGUUGCCAACUACUAAAUGCCUCAUUGGUGCUACGACAAGCAUGCAAACUUGCCCUUGAUGACCACGCUAAUCUCUACCAACGACUUAAAUCCUCUUGGCAAAAACUGCUGCAUGUCAGUCAAGAGCAAAUGACUCGCUUACGGGUUUCGGCCGUAUUUCAUAGAUCUGUCGAAGAACAAUGUAAUCAGCUGCGAGAUCUUCGGGAGGCUGUUGCCACUAUUCCAUUAAUGGAUUUGGCGAGAAAGAAGACUAGGGUGGAUUACUACUUCGGUAAGAGGGAAAAGUUGAUUGUGGAGGUCGGAAGGAUGGUUAGGCUAGGAAAAAUGUUGAGGAGCCGGUUGAAAGAACCCCUUUGUUUUGGAGAAAAAUUGCUGUGUUCCCCAUCUUCGAAAACCGAAGAAGAACUUCAAGACGUUAGUGACUCUGUAGCAAAGAAUGAAAUAGCAGUUGAAGCGAUUUCAGAACGCUUAUUCGAAAUCACUGCCUUGGCAGAGGAGCUAGACUCUGCGAUACAAAGUGCUCAACAAGAUUGCUUAGUCUUUACAACUUCUAUUUCCACUUCGACAUCUUCGUUAAGUGACCAUAUUUCGCCGGACACUUUGAGAAAAGAGAUGGAGUAUCCGCCGCCGGUGCCUGAGGUAAGUGAACAUAUUCAUUUAAUCAUCAGCAGUUUUGUUUUCUGCCAAAUUUAUUGCUUUUAA